AAUACUAAUUGAAUACGCUGAUCACCGGCGCUUGUAAAGGCCGCACAACACGCAAGUAUGGCGUGCAUUGUAGGUGCGCGUAUGUUGCCUUCGCUUUUGAGUAACAUUGCAAAGGUUGGUGUUGGUCGUACCUUCACAGCCGCGACCAAAGGGGCCACCGCCAGCUUGCGAUCAUUCGUCACAGUGCGUCCUGCUGGCAAUGUGGGCUCUUCGUUCUCUGCAUCGCUCCAGUUACAAAGCCUGAAGCCUCUCUCUGUUUCACGUGGAUUAAUCCUACCAAGGACAUUGCAACUUCUGCAACCGGGAGCAGCUGUACAAGUGGCCGUUCAGCAGACUCGCAACGUCACCAAGUUCAACUACAGAAAUGGCCAGCGGAGAACGUGCAAGGCAGUGAUCAAAAGGUUCAUGCGCCUGAAUUGCGGCCUGUGGAUACGACCACGAUCUGGUCGAGCCAAGAAAUUGUGGAAGAAGCCUGACCACAUUUUACAAGGCUUGCGUUUACAUGUCAUCUGUAACAGGACUCAGUCUAAACUGCUGGACAAAAUGGUUGGAGACUACUGGAAAAGGCCAAAAUACUAUGUUGAUGAUCCGUAUGAGCCAUACCAUGAACGGAACAAUUUCUUGCAUGCCAAGAAGACUUGGUAGUAAGUGGCAUGUAGCAGGUUAUGGAAUUGUCACAUGCCAUCUUUUGUAUGUAGAGUGUUGCAUAACAGAUAGUCAUUAAUAAAGUGUGCAUAUAAAAGCCA